UUAUUGUAAAGAUUGGGAUACUCAAUAUAUAAAUUUGUUGUAAACUGGUUUCGAAAAGAAAAAAAAGGUUGUAAACUAACUUGACAUAUAUCUUUAAUAAUUUUGAAGGAAGGUUAUACGAGUAUUUCAAAUUUUCAAUAAUGUACCCUAAUUUAAUUCAAUUAUUUUAAGAUAUAAAAUACGAGUCAAUAAAUAAGUUGUUAUCUCCUAUUUAUGGAUUAUAGUCUCAAUACAUCUAAACUUAAUUAUCUAUAGCUACAACAAACAUUAUUAUUAAUCCCACAAUAAUUUUGAUUAUAUUUAAAAGUGAACACAACUCCCAAAAUGACAUAAAAAAUCAAACCACCCUCCUUCAAUUCCCCCCUCCACACAUUUAUUUCCAAAAACUUUUAUUGCAUCCUUUUGUCACUUUAAUAUUAACUAUACCAUUUAUUUCAUACUUUUUUUUUUCCUUUUGCUCCCUAUUGUGCUACCCCCUUUUCCCAUCUAUUUAUAGCCCUCUUCUUGUCUAUCUCUUUCCAACACCUCACCAAUAGGGCAAAUUUAAAGACAUCAAUAUUAUUAGAAGCCACAAAAAACAAAGAAAACAACCCCUCAAAAAAAAAAAAAAAAAUUAGAAAAAAAUGUCACCAGCAGCCUCAACAAGAUGGUGUCCAACACCAGAACAAGUGAUGAUAUUAGAGGAGAUGUAUAGAAGUGGUGUUAGAACUCCAAAUGCAUCUCAAAUACAACAAAUUACUGCCCAUCUUUCUCUUUAUGGUAAAAUUGAAGGUAAAAAUGUUUUCUAUUGGUUUCAAAAUCAUAAGGCUAGAGAUAGGCAAAAACUUAGGAAAAAACUUCUUGGUAAACAACUUCAACAACAACAUUUUAUGUUUUCACAUCAUCAUGUUUUUCCUUCUUUUGAUCAUCAUCAACAUUUUCAACAACAUCAUCAUAGUAAUUUACUCCAUCAUCUUCAAUUUGAUCAACCACCUCUACCUCUACCACCUCCUCCUCCACCACCACUACCUUGUUGCGGUCCGACAUCGUCUUCUCUAGGGUUAUUCCAUCAUCAGCUUCCUCCUGUCAACUCUCCUUGCUUUGGUGCUCAUCAUCAGACACGAGUAGAAGAUGUAAUAGUCCCACGGAUGGAGAAUACAUACACAAGUUGGAAUAUGCAGACUUCGGAUAAUGCAAAGUAUGGAAGGGAAAAUGCAAAGCAAAUAAUGAAGCCAAUGAUAACAAAUCAUGAUCAUGAUCAUGAUGAUUGGAUGAUGAUGGCGAUGAGAUCAGGAGAUUAUAAUCAUCAUGGUAAUCAUGACCAUGAUGAUGAUGAUGAGCAUUCCUCUAGAAGACCCCUCAAAACCUUGGAGCUCUUUCCUAUAAAAGACAAGUCCUCUCUCAAGGACAAUCUUUCUAUUGUAUGAAAUGACUUUAGAACGAACAUACUCCGAUGCAUUAGUCUGGAAUUAAUAGUCACGUUUGAUAAUGUAUUUUUAAACUGGUAAUGUGACAGCUAAUUUCAUAUUACUAGCGCUAGUGGUGACUGUUUUUUUUUUUUUUUUGGCUAUUGUCUUUUCCCUGUAUUUGUAUGUAUGUACUCACAUGGCAUGCAUGUGCAUGCAUGCAUUUGUCAAAUUAACAAGGGUUAGAGAGAAACUUGGCUAAAGUGUUAUUAAAAGUCUAUAGUAUUACUGUAGUACUUUUGAUUGAAUGUUACAUUUUCCUAUUUAGAGUUUUCAGUGAUAAGAGUUGACUAAUGACUAAUGAGUAGAUAUAAUAUAAGUAUGUAAUAAUAUGUGGCC